AUAGUGAGAAAGACCAAAAAUCCACCAAGCCUCCCUGGUGUGAGGUUCCUUGGCUACUGACGUGUGCGCACGACUCUCGUGGCAGGAUGAGUUCGUGCAGCAGCCGUGCGUUGACCAUCCUGUCCACAGUGUUCGGCGCCUGCGGGCUGCUGCUGGUGGGGGUGGCCGUGUCCACCGACUACUGGCUGAUCAUGGUGGAGGGCAUCAUCCUGCAGCAGAACCAGAGCAUGGAGGUGAAGAUGGCGCUGCACUCAGGCCUCUGGAGGGUUUGCUUCGUGGCCGGGGCAGAAAAUGGGAGAUGUGUAGCUUCAGAGUAUUUCACCGAACCCGAUAUAGAGAUAACCACCGAGAACACAGCGAACAUCCUCAAGAUGGUGCGUACGGCCACGCCCUUUCCGAUGGUGUCGCUGCUCUUCGUCUUCACCGCCUUCGUCAUCAGCAACAUCGGACACAUCCGGCCUCAGCGCACCAUCCUGGCCUUUGUGUCCGGCAUCUUCUUCAUCCUCUCAGGCCUGAGUCUGGUGGUGGGCCUGGUGCUCUACAUCUCCAGCAUUAACGAUGAAGUGAUGAACCGGCCCAGAGAGCCCGAGCAGUUCUUCAAUUACUACUACGGCUGGUCCUUCGCCUUCGCUGCCUCCUCCUUCCUGCUCAAAGAGGGGGCCGGGGUGCUGUCAGUCUACCUGUUUAUGAAGCGUUACGCCGAGGAGGAGAUGUACCGCCCCCACCCGGCGCUCUACCAUCCCCGCCUGUCCGACAGCAGUGACUACAGUGGCCAGUUCCUCCACCCGGAAUCCUCCUGGCCUCCCCCGAAGCGCGGCCGCAGCACCUCCGAGGCCUCCAGUGACAUCUCCAUCCAGCUCAACCAGGCGCCACCGGUUCCGAACAAGAGCAAGCUUCAACCAGGCGCCAUGGCAAGCCCACCCUCCGGCUCCUCCUCUGCAGGGAGCUACCCUCAGUCUGCCGGUUACCCCUCCACACACACACUGCCCAGGUCACACUCCUCCCAUCCCCAGGGUCAGGCCCUUCCGAUGCCCCCAUCACCUGUGCCUCCUCCUCACUAUCACGCACACAUGCAGAUGAGCGCCUCCCCCUGUUAGGAAGGGGGGCGCACUGUGGAGGUAAGGAGAGACACAGACUCCUCAUAUUCAUGUAUGCUGUACAUUUAGACGUGGAACAGACUAAACACUGAGUUUGGAUCAUGUGAGGCGAGCAGGAGAGAAAAUGUAGCUUUAGAACAACGUGAAGACAAAGGAGAUUGCACAGAUUGAAAAGGAAGAUUUUACAGAAAAGGGGCGAUGAAUGAAUCGAGUAAUUCAGAAUUACAGGAAGGAGAAAGAGACAAAGGACUGUAGAGGUGAGGUUGAGCGACAGAGGAGAUGCAGGCGAGGCAGAGCGAGGCAGGGAGAGAGCGAGGAGCUGCAGUAAAACACGAAGAUGCUGCAGUGCUGCGGGAAAUUUGUAUGCACUUGGAAAUGUACAAUGUAAAGCACUGAUCACAGAGACUGAGGAUGCACAUAGUUUUAUACACACGUAAUUCAUCAAAGUAAGCGGACUGCGUACCUUUUUUCUAAAAGGUAAAUGUGAAUAAAUAUAUUCUUGUCUUCUAUGAAUUUCUUACAUCAUCAAUCCAGUUUCAUAACUCACAAUGUCAAAGCAGUAUUAUAAUAUUAUUAUAAAACAAGAGAUAUAAGUUACAAUAUAGAGUUAUUCUGACAUGAGAACACUGUAAGUGGAUGUUGUUGAUAUUUGUAAACCACUGAUGGUCAAAAAUAUCACGAGGGACAAAUCGAUUUUAUGUUUUUAAAUAUUUGUUGAAGAAACAAAGUUGUGACGUCUUGAACCUUAAAGUGCACAGGAGGACGCCCCUACAGAUGUUGUUAAUUAUAAAUAAAGCUUUGACCGAAGUCCCACCUGGAGGAUAUCUGACUCAUCCGUCUUCGGACGAAGACGAACUCCGGCCGACAUCAGAUACUGUACACGUCAGGCUGGUUGCACGCAGGGACCACUCCACAGUGAUACAGGGGUCUAAUGCCCUCUACUGGUCACUGCUCGACACUGACCCCGGACCAGAUCACAUCUGGAGCUGCUGUUUGUCCAGAUGUGGAGUUGCAGCGAAUGUCAUGGGGCAACGAGACGUUUUGAGCAUGUGACAGAGACAUGUGUGUUUUACAGAGCAGUUCAAAGUAUUUUUUAAACUUCAAACGCUUUGUAAAUAUAUAUAUAUAUAUAUAAAUAUAUCUGGAAAACUAACCUUGUGAAAGUAAAAAUGUAAUUUGCUCUCGCUGCUCAGAGGACGAUACCACUGUUUGUGACAUGCAGGUCCUCCAGCUUUAACAUUACAAGUGAGGGCCACUGCUGUAUCCCAACAUAUUUGGUUGAGUGCAUCAUACUAUAUAUUCUUAGAGUUUAAAAAUAAAUGCCGUUGAUGGAAAUGUUCUCUGAGCCGUCUUGUGUUUAGGACGACAGCAUUUGAAGAGCUUAACUGCCAAUUUAUUAUUUUGUGGGAAGCGCUUCUUCCAUUGAACAUUUAUAACAGGUUAUUAUCAUUUAAUAAAUAAUCUAUAACAUGCCAUUAUGUAGACAUAGGCAGAAGUGGUUCAUAUUCACAUAUUUGUCAACAUCUGUAACUCUACCUGUCAGCACAUAUAAGAGGAGGCUGGUGAACAAACAGACAAUGAAUGACAGUACAAUAAAACAGUUUGAUAGCACGAAUGAGCUAUAACUGCUGACAAAUAUUAUGUGUUAAUUGAUCAUUAAUUCACUGAAAAUAAAUGGCUGAAAUAUAUUUAUAGCUGCUUACAACUACUGUACAGUGUGUUAGACACUAUUUAUUAAAUGUUUGUAUGCUGUUUAUAAAUUGGAGGGGCGUGAAAUCAUUUUUGAAAUGUCACAAAGUAGUGGAAAAACGAUGCAUCACUCUUUUCUGAAAAGAUAAAAUGGUUCUUCCAUAGAUUGA